CAGACUAUAUAUGCUGCGAGAAAUAAUUUGGCGCAGGCAACAGCCAAAAAAUGGCAGGAAUCGAACUCCUUUCCGAUCAAGGAUUUCGCGUUGAUGGACGAAGGCCGCACGAGCUUCGGAAGAUCCAGUGUCGAAUGGGUGUAUUCAGGCAAGCGGAUGGAUCAGCCUACAUUGAGCAAGGAAACACAAGGGCACUUGCAACGGUUUACGGACCGCAUGAGGCUUCAGGUGGCCGAGUUAGGGCCCAGCAUGACCGUGUGACCAUCAACUGCCAGUAUAGCAUGGCCACCUUCAGCACAGGCGAGCGCAAGAAGAGGCCCAUGGGUGACCGGAAGUCACAAGAGAUGUCCCAGAACCUACAGAGGACCUUCGAGGCAGCUAUCAUGACACAACUGUACCCACGCUCACAGAUUGACAUCUAUGUGCAGGUCUUGCAGGCAGACGGCGGGAACUACUGUGCCUGCGUCAACGCCGCCACACUGGCCAUCAUUGAUGCAGGUAUCCCCAUGAGGGACUACGUGUGUGCCUGCUCGGCCGGCUUUGUCAGCGACACGCCCCUGGUGGACAUCAGCUACCUGGAGGAGUCGCUGGGUGGCCCCGACAUGAUCGUGGCGCUCCUGCCAAAAUCGGAACAGAUCGCGCUGUUCCAGCUGAACUCGCGCCUACACGCGGACCACUUGUCCAAAGUGUUGGACAUGGCCACAAAGGGUUGCAAAGACAUCCACACCGUGCUGGACGGCGCGGUCCGAGACCAUGUCAGUGAAGUCACAGACAGCAUGGCUAGGAGCUGAAACACAGUGAUAAACCUUGAUUGUUUUUACUCGAGCAACAAGACCAUGAAGCGGGGUCUUUCUUGCAAGCUUUGUGAUCUGUAGACGUGUAAAAUUUUGUAGAAACUGUGCCUAAUGGCAGACACAGUAGGAGGGCACUGUUUGGUGGCUAAUUGCUUUGAGCUCUCAUUGGAUGAUUUUUGUGUAACUGAUGACCCAGGGUCAACGCGUUCUCAGAUUUCAUUGGAUCUACUGUUUAUCGGCUGACGUAGGUCGGCUAUUCCGUAUGUUCCCUUUCGAACAAGAUGUAUAUGACCUACCAUGACCUGCACUUCUUUUGCAAGAUUUUGUGGGGGGAAAAACAAACCCAGUAGCACCUUAAGAUAAGGGCGGUGUGGACUAGUGAAGGUUCUAUUUGGAAUUGGUAAUUAGUGCCCUCUUUUUGUGCCCAACAUGUCUCAAAAAGCAGGCAUGCAACUUUUCCUCGGAUCAGCUGAUUUCCUCUUUUUUUACUUCCCAGGUGUGCCAUUAAAAAUGGAAAAACACUGUACAAAGUCUUGGAAAGAUUUGAAUUUCCACUUUUUUGUGUGUGACUUCCCAGUUGCAUGCCUGAAAAAGGCUACAAUAGAGCCAGAAAUACCUUUUUGUUUAAGCUUUGCUGCAAAGAGACCGGUUCAAACCAGCCCAAUUGCUUGCGGAGCCAAUCCUUUCCCGAAGGCUUACUUGGUAUCAGGAUCUUUAUGACAGUUGCUUACAUGUAUGUUUGAUAAAAGACAAUAAAAUCACGAAACAGUAUAAGUAACAUCAAGACAACAGAGGUGUUUCUUUUUUCAACAUGCUUGUUUAUUUUUUUCUCUAAAUUAACUUUUAUUAAAGAGUUUCAAUAAAUUUCUUUUGAAGACAAA